GGCAGUGGGCUUUCUUCAAUAACAGGAAAUUCUUCAUGCGGGCUUGGGCGUCGACGAUAAGAGCUUGCGUCCCAGCCCAAUUGAUCUGCCGACCGGCUUAUCUCCUUCACCAGAAUAAAGUGAUCUGUCUCCAACUCAACUAUCUACCUAAGCUUCGAACCUCCUUAGGGUUACUGCGAUCUCUGACAGCCUGACGCAGGCACGAAAGAAAGACGAGAAAGUGGAAAGACAUAUAAGAUGGGUAACCUCUUCUGCUGCAUUCAAGUUGACCAGUCCACAGUAGCUUUUAAGGAGAGAUUUGGCAAGUUUGAAGAAGUACUGCAGCCUGGGUGUCAUUUUCUUCCUUGGAUUCUCGGAUAUCGGCGUGCUGGCAAACUCUCGCUCCGAUUGCAGCAGUUGGAUGUGAAAUGCGAAACCAAGACCAAGGACAAUCUGUUUGUCUAUGUUGUUGCAUCUGUGCAAUACCGACCCCUUGUAGACAAAGCAAUCGAUGCCUUUUACCAGCUGAGCAACCCGAGGAGUCAGAUGGAGACCUAUGUGAUCAGUGUGAUCAGAGCUAGUGUCGCAAAGCUAAACGUGGAUGUUGCUUAUGAGCGGAAGAAUGAAAUUGCCGAAGCUGUUGAGAAAGAGCUCGGAAAGGCUAUGUCCGACUAUGGAUACGAGAUUGUGCGGACCCUGAUCGUGGACAUUAAACUGGAUCUUUGUGCUAGGCAAGCUAUUCGUGAAAUCGCUGAGAGGAAGGCUGAAGCGGAAAAGAUUCUGCAAAUCAAGAGAGCUGAAGGGGAUGCUAAGUACAAGAAGGCCAUUGAGGAUGUUUUAAGAAACAGUGGGCUUGACUUCUCGGAGAAAGUGCCAGGAACAACUGCAAAGGACGACAUGGACAUGAUUCUCGUGACUCAAUACUUUGACACCAUGAGGGAAAUCUGUGCAGCACAGGCACCGCUUUCAUCAGAAAGUGAUUGGUGAUCAGAGUAGAAGCAGUCAAAUUGGACUUAUUAUGUCUUUUAUUACUUUAUCACUAGGAAGAUAGUUUUCCUCUGAAGAUUCUUAAUGUGGUGGUUUAAAUUGUGUCCUGACUGCGUCUUAUGUCGUAUGACAAGAUAUGAAUGACUCAGUUUGUAUCUGUAAUUAUUUUCUAUGCUAUGAUUGUGCUUCCGCUCCCAUA